AUGAAAUUUAGAGUCAUCUUAGUUGUAUUUGUGUGCUUAUUAGCAACCGUCAAGAACAAUCCAUUAUUUGAUGAAAGCGAAGAAAGCUUUGAUUCAAGUGAUAUUAAUGAAGAUGAACGGAAUAUGAUCAGCGUUGGUCAUCACACAAGAUCGCAUCUAGCCUUUUUGGAUAGCGGCUAUUCGAAAGAUUCAUGGAAUGUUUAUUUUGCAGGUAGAAAAGUAGAUGGCAUGAGUGCUCAUUCAUUUCAAUCGCUUGGUGGUGGCUAUGCAAAGGACAGCUGGAAUGUUUAUUAUGCAGGGAGAAAAGUAGAUGGUGCGAAUGCUCAUUCAUUUCAAUCGCUGGGUGGUGGCUAUGGGAAGGACAGCUGGAAUGUUUAUUAUGAAGGUAAAAAAGUUAAUGAUGCAAGUGCUCAUUCAUUUCAAUCACUUGGCGGUGGCUACGGAAAGGACAGCUGGAAUGUAUAUUCUAUGGGUGCAAAAAUUUCUCGCGCGUCUCCUACUUCCUUCCAGUACAGUGGUAUGGGAGGAAAGAGACCCUGGUGA